AGCAAGAUACUCACCACUGCAGAUUCAAGAUGCUUUAUCUAGUGGGACUCGGCCUUGCCGACGAAACUGACAUCACCGUUAGAGGUCUGGAGGCGGUCAAGAAGGCCGAGCGCGUAUACCUCGAAGCAUACACAAGCAUCCUGCUUGUGGAGAAGGAGAAACUAGAAGCUUUCUAUGGACGUCCGGUCAUCGUAGCGGACCGCGAAUUGGUCGAAACUGGCAGCGAUGACAUUCUCGCUGGGGCCGACAAGGUCGAUGUCGCAUUUUUGGUAGUGGGCGACCCCUUCGGUGCUACAACACACACCGACCUAGUUUUACGGGCCCGCGAAUUGGGAAUUGAGUCCAAGGUCAUCCCCAACGCAUCAAUCAUGUCCGGUAUUGGCUGCACCGGUCUGCAGCUGUACAACUUUGGACAGACGGUCAGCAUGGUCUUCUUCACCGAGACCUGGAAGCCCUCAUCAUACUACGAUCGUGUCAAGGAAAACAUUGGGCUGGGUCUUCACACAUUGGUUCUGUUAGACAUCAAGGUCAAAGAGCAGUCGCUGGAGAAUAUGGCACGUGGACGUUUGAUCUACGAGCCUCCACGUUAUAUGACAGUCGCGCAGUGUGCCAGCCAAAUGCUCGAAACGGAGGAGGAGCGCCAGGAAGGCGUCUGGAACCCGGACAGUCUGGCUGUCGGUGCUGCUCGCGUUGGAGCCCCCGACCAGAAGUUGGUCGCGGGUACUCUCAAGGAGUUGGCAGAAAUUGACAUGGGUCGACCCCUUCACAGUUUGGUUCUACUCGGCAAGCGGGCACACGACCUGGAGAAGGAUUACAUCAAGCAGUUUGCUGUAGAUCAGGCGACUUUUGAUGCCGCUUGGCAGAAAGGCGGCUACGGUACCAUGUAGGGUACUGUUGCCUCUUAACGAAUGAUGUUGAACGAAAAUAGAGAUUCAUCGCGCUAAAUCAAAAUAAGUGAGCUAUCCGAACCGAGACUUCCGAAUACACCCAAAGCCAGCUUCGUGAUGAAUCAAGUCGAUCGCAUAUCAUCAUCCAUAAGACGUUAAAAUCACUCAUGCCGUACAAUCAUCAAGCCGUCUU